AUGCAAUCUGUGGAUGAUGUUUUAGCAGCGACGGACAGGUUUGAGCAGCUGAAAGAAGCCAUAAGAUCUUCAGAUCAGGUGUGGGUGAUGAACAUUUUGAGUUCUGGGUUUAACGUUAACUUUGUCGAUGAGAUGGGAGCAACAGCGUUGCAUUAUGUCGCUAGAGAAGGAUCUGUAGGAAUGGUAGGAUAAUUUUUGGUUUGUUUAUUUUGAUUUUAGGUAAAUAUUUUGUUAACACAAGGAGCUAAGCCAGAUAUUGUGGAUUCUUUGGGCUUUACACCAUUUUUAAUAGCAUCACGGUACGGGCAUCUUCAAGUGGUGAAACGGCUGUUGGCUGCUGGCGUUGAUUUAAACAGGACAACGUGAGUUUCAGCUUGACUUUAGACUUUUUAACGUAUGUAGUGUUAUUCAUGUUCGUUUGUGAUAUUUAGGUAAUUUUUUUAAAUACGAAAGAGCUAACUUGAAAUUUUAAUGAAAAAACGUUUUUUAGACUACUGGGAAUAAAUGCUCAAGUUUUAGCAGAUCUAGGCGGUCAUCCACACGUUGUGGCAGCUCUUCAUAACAACACAUUAGCAGCUGUAAGUGGUACCUAAUUUAUAACUUUGUAGAAUUGUUUUGCUUAAAUCGAUUGAAUUUAUAUUUUUAUAACUUUGUAAAAAAGUAUCAGUAAAACUAUUUAAAAUGAGUUUAGAACAAAUAUUCAACAAUAAAUUAAUUUAUGGAUAAUUUAGGCCGAAUGUCUUCAACUAGCACGAGAAAAGUUUGCCGGUAUCAAAGACGAUUCUCUAGUAUUUUCGAAGAACACAGUUUCGACCAGAAGACGUUCUAUACUUGGGAUCUUAAGGCCGAAUCAGUUAAAAAUAUCAAGGCGAUGA